AUGUUGCAUUUGAGUAGAUUGACAAGUAUAUUCGUGGGUGACCCUGCGCAGAAUCGAUCUGUGCUUGUUGUGAUCAAAAAGCUUAUGUCCAAUGCUGCUCAAGUCUUCUUCAGGCUCAACAGUGGUGACGGCGGCAGCACGCCGACGACUUGGAAAAAUCCACUGGAAACGUUCGUUCUCCUAGUGUCUCAACCCGACGUGUAUUCCAGCGCGUCAGACGAUCUUUUUACGCAUAUGCUCGCCCAAGGUGUGCCAUACGAUGAUCUAAUCCAUUUUAUCAGCUCAUCGGAUACCUUGAACAUUCUUUUACUGCUCUUUUCAGAGGUCAUUAUUGAGGACCUACUAAAGUAUCAGACUAGUAAGUUAGGUGCCUCAAACCUGCAUAAUGUCGUGCGCGAAACCCUGUACAUAUCGAGCAUGUCAAUCAUCAACUUCAACUUGCAGAAAUUGGUUGCUGCUUUUCAAAGUAGAACUAACACGGGUCCGAAUGUUGCUGAAAACAUUUUCCGCUGUGUUAACAUCUGGAUUAAUUAUGCGAUUAUGGUUAGAACGAGAUCUCAGGGACAAAUAGACCUGAGUGAAACCUUUGAAAACCUAAUUCAACUACUGUGUCUAUACGAUUCGGACCAAGGUUUUCCAUAUUCCGAAACUGUUGUUUCCAUUUUGGCAGAAAUAUUUGCCAACGAUCCCACAAUGCUCAGCUUUGAGCUAAGGGCAUCCAUCGAAGAAAUUUUCCUUGGCGUUCGACGGGGCUCUGGCGGGACUUCGGGAGGACACACAUGGAUGCUUCAUUUCAUGAAUCAUCUUGUAGUGAAUCAGAGUUUCGAAGAAUUGAAAGAGCUUGCAUUAUGUGUCGUUGAUUUUCUGCAAGUUAGUAAUCUGGAUGUGUGCAACAAGCUUUUCACUCAGAGUGCAAACACCGACUCAGUAAAUAUGGACCAGUACAUCAAAGUACUCUUGCAAAUGACCAACUUCACACUUGCCCCCGUUCUGGAAGAGUUUUUUUCUGUAAGAAUGGUUGAUUUCUGGCUGGAUCUGUGCGAUGGGUAUAAUAACCUCGUUAGAGAAACACUGAAGCCCAAUACUCCAAUUAUAGCCUCCGAUCUUUUCGGACAGGUAGUUCAAAUUUACCUGCCGAAGGUUAGUCUCAUCAACAAACAAAGGAUAAUACAAGAAGGAGAAGAGGAAUCCUUACUUCAUGAGUUUGAUGAUUUUAGAGGCGCUGUUCUUGAUCUUAUGGAGUCUAUGUGGUCUGUUUUGGGGAAUGAAAAGCUUACAGACAUCCUUAUCGGUAGCGUUGCCCAAGUCAGUCCGAAGUCAGCCGAAGACUUAUUUCAAAUCGAAGCAAUGUGCUUUUGCUUGAAUAAGCUACUUUCCGACAUGACACUCAGCGAGAGUCCAGGAAUCUGUGCUACUUUUGGUGCAAAUGAAAACUUCCUUCCAAACGUCUUACUGCUGAUUCAAACCAGUUGUCAGCAAAAGAGCCCGGCAAAUGGUAAGGAGGCCCAAAUUUUGAGUUGUGACUUUGUUAAAACCGGCAGCUCAAUACUUGCAACAGUCGCUGAUUAUCUUAAACAAAACGACAAAAAUCUACGCGACUGCAUGGACGUGCUCUUCAGCUCAUUAGAGACGUGCUCCAAUGCAGACCAAGUCGACACUAAAUUCGAGUUGUUGCUGACCAAGUGCAUUACCAGUAUCUGCGAAACGAGCCGCUCAGAGUUGACCUCCUACCUACCCACUUUUACAAAGAUUCAGCAUGCAAUGUUACAGAAAAGCUCGAAAGUUUCUGAUUUUUCUAAGCAGGGCUUUACUCGAUGCCUGGGGUAUAUCAUACAAACAUAUACCAGCGACGGGCCAGAGUCUCAGGCGCAAUAUAUCCUUCAGGUUAUCGACACCAUAAAAACGGAGGUCACCAACUCUCAGGAAGACAGGACCCAAGUGCUUUGCCUGUUAAACUGUUUGUCCGAGCUAGGAUCUGCUCUUAUUCAACCAGAAGAGCCCGAAGACCCAGCCUACUUAGCUCAGCUAGCACAGUUCCAAGAUUUUUGGCAAAAUGACCCGCUGCGUCUGCGCGUUGUCAUCUUAGAUCUGUUGGAGAGCGUUUUGGCCCAGCACGGACGAGACUCUGAGUUCGUCGAGGCUGCUUGUCUGAUUAUGGGUAAAAAACUUACCCUUCCAGACGACGAGCCGCACUUUUUAAGCUUCUCAAUGCAAGAACUUAUGGAGUUCCUGCUGAGAAGAUGCGCCACAUGUGAACCUCUUACCGGCUUACCUUACAUCAUAUAUUUGCUGGAAAAAGUAGUCAACCAUCACAGAGCAUCUUUGACUCCCCAGGACUUCGAUUUCAUGCUCACCAAAUUCUUCCUCGGCCAGCACCGGGAUGCAGUGGCGAGCGAUCCCGACCUCACGCAAAACAUGAUAUCGUUCGUGAACUCUGUGAUGGACACACGCCCAGGGCUGGCAGUGCACUGCGACCACUGGGCAACUUUCGUGCUGCCAGAGUUCAUGCGCUACCUCUCCUCGAAGGAACGCUUCACCAUCAGCGCGGUGACGAAGUUCUGGACAAAAGUCAUAAACAACAAAAAGUACUCCCGCCACGACGAGAUCACGAUUCGCGAGCAGGUUUUGGCAUUGGGACCGCAGCUAACUCUGCAAACCACAGGCGCUCUUCUCAGCUCCCAACGUUCUGAUCUCAGCUACUAUUCGGACCUGCUGAGAGUCCUCAUCGCACGCUACCCGUUGCAAUCCAAGCAGUGGCUCUCGCACACGCUUCCGCAGCUAUGCGAGAAUCACCGCGCUCACCAGCUGCUUGUUGAGAAGCUGUUUGUGACACGUGGCAGUCGCGCUGCAGCUGAUGCUGUUCUCGAGUGGUGGUUAAGCUGCAACGGCUUGCCAAGGCUUACAUAA